GUUCUCCAGCAGGACAAAGCAAGUACCUUUCCUGUUCAUGCACUGAUUGGCACCGGGACUUUACAUUCUGAAAGAAAGUUCAAUUUCGUGAUCGAUGCAUGCGCUGCUCCUGGUAACAAGGCUUCGCACCUCGCGGCAGUAGCUCUACAACCCGACAAAGGGGUUCUUGUUGCCAUCGAGAAGUCCCCUGAGAGGGAGAAGUUGCUUCGGGAGACGCUGCGGAGAAUGGGCUGUACGUCAGUCCGCGUCUAUCGGAGAGACUGGUUGCAAGUCUCGCACGACGACGAGCUCUUAUCGCAAGCGGACGCGAUCGUUGUCGACCCCUCCUGCUCUAACUCAGGAGUCCUCAGAGAUGCGAUGGACGCCUCUCCCAGUCGCUUGCGGGGACUUUCUGACUUUCAGAGGAAGGCGUUGAUCCACGCGCUCUCGUUUCCCAGUGUCAAGUUCGUGGUUUACAGUACAUGCUCCGUCCAC